GGAUGUCAUCAUGCCAAGAAAAUGCAUGUCGUUUUUUUCAGUUUGGAUUAAACAAACAACAUGUAAAUCAUUAGUUAGAUUUUGGGGUGCAAGGAGGCAGAUGUUCUUAAUGUUAACUAAGCUAGUAAGCUAACCGCUUAGCUAACCUUAUGGGACAGACUGACUCGGAAAGCAAUUAAGGAUUUCUCUGAACGUCAAACUGUUCCUUUGGUGAGUGAAGAGAGCGCCUGUGCUGUGUGUUAUCCGUUGUGAUGGCUGAGUCCCGGAGAGUUCAGUUAACCACCCUGUUCUGUGAUGUACCUUCCUCCUCUGACCCGCCGCCGACUCCGGCCCAGAAGUCUUCAACAGGUGCUCAGCAGGGGAAAGAAAACUGCACAGACCGACCCGCUGACACCGACACAGUCCGACUGGUCCUCACAUUAUUUGAGCCCAAUGAGCGGAGCUUCCCAGAGUUCAGUUACAGUCAACUUAUUGACAACAAGAUCAACCACACAGAAGACAAAGGCCCACUGAGCAAAUUUGAAGAGGAAGAAAAGCGAGAGAACGAUGAGGUCGCUGCCCUUGCAAAGAAGUUGGAGGAAAAAUAUGGCGGCAAACCCAAGAAAAAGAAGGAUCGUAUUCAGGACUUGAUUGAUAUUGGAUUCGGUUAUGAUGAAGAGGAUUCUUUCAUCGACAACUCUGAGGCUUAUGAUGAAUUUGUUCCAGCCUCCAUCACAACUAAAUUUGGUGGAUUCUAUGUAAACUCGGGCGUGCUCCAGUUCCGCCAGGCUUCUGACACUGAGACUGAGGAUCUCACAACAGAAGAGAAAACGCUUGAGCCCUCAAAAAAACGUAAACUCAAUGGUGGACAAGAUAAGCCAAAGAAGAAGCAUUGCACAGCAGGUGAAGAGGUGAAAAACAACAUGGAUCCUAAGUCAAGCACUUUGUCUGAAAUUGGACCAAAUGAUGAGACGAAGAAGAAAAAGAAGAAGAAGGCGGUUGGCACAUUAAGUGUCACAAGCAUGCUGAAGAAGUUUCAAAGAGAGAAGGAGAAGGAACGACAGAAAAUGGAGAAAGCAAAUCAGAGGGCAGCAGGGAUCAUGGGUUUACCCACAAUCCCUCUGUGCCCGGCAGAUGCAGCCGGCGGUGGAGGCUCAGGACUGACCGACCCCCUCCUCAGUUUAAUUGGAUCAACCAAUGAUCACGCUCUUAUCCAGGCAGCCAGCACAGUGGAUUUUGAUAUCGAUUUGGACUCUUUAUUAGAUGUCAGUGACGAGACUUCAUCACCAAAGUCUUUUCCUCAACCUGCCACAGAGACGCAGCUUUUCCAACCCAAAACAAAUACUCCUACCCAGAUAAAUGUUGUUCUUGCUCAAACACAACCUCAAAAGACUUAUUUGGAGCCAAAGACUCACCCAGAUCAAAUCCAGCUCCUGUCAGAAGCCAGUUCUACUCCACCACAUCAGUGUGCCCCCCUGCCAGAGGGACUUACCCCAGGACUGGAAGACGGCAUUAGAAAACUCAUGGCGGCUGCCAAAACCUCAGAGGGAGAGUCAAAACUCAAGUUCUUCACUCCAGAAAUCAACUCAAUCCUGUUAGAUAUUGAGCUGCAGUGUCGGGAACAGAGCAGUCAGUUGCGCUCCAAGGUGUACACACACCUGUCGUCUUUCCUGCCCUGCAGCAGAGACACACUCCUCAAACGUGCAAAGAAACUGUUACUCACACACCAGGAGGAACCCACUGAUGUGGAGGAUCCUGUGCAGAAACUGAAGGAGGCCAUCGGCAAAGUUAUGCCUGAACAGAUUGCGUGUUACCUGGCAAACUGCCAAACAUAUGAACAAGUCAAGGCUUCAAAGGCAACAGAGGAGAGGAAUGUAAAUGCUGGCCCAGAGGACAAUGUGGAGGAGAAGGGUGGGAAAAGAGGAGGUCCUAAGAAGUUGUUCAAAUGGAACGAAGAAAUCAGGGAAUGCUUGUGCCAACUGUUAAGGCCAAGAAUGGACAGAUAUAAAAAGGAAAGGAAAGGGAGCCAGGAGACAGAGGAGUACCUCAAGACAUUACUGGACAGUGAGGUCAAACCACUUUGGCCAAAAGGAUGGAUGCAAUCCAGGGUACUGAUAAGGGAGAGCAGGAAAAUAUUAGGCCUCCUCACGUCAUUACCAGUAAAGAAAGCCAAAGCUGAUAAGAAGCAGUCCUCCAUCAGUGGUGCUUCCACAGUGUCAGAUGCUCCACCACUGAAAGGAGAGCUCCCCCAAGAGACAGAUGAUGUCUUUAUUGAAGGCUCAGAUAUUUCCAGUUCUAUGUCACUUGGUGCUGUGGGGAAGGAAUCCACUGCCCUGAAAAAGGUAGAGGGUAAAAAAGGAGGGGUGACGGUGGACGCUCAUCCCUCUACGCCUGCAGAGUCAGAUGAACCUCUGGUCAAUGCCACAUCUGCUCCGACUCAGUCACUUCUGGAUCUCCUUGCUGAUCAAGCGCUGGCUCAAGAGCAGCCUCUCACAGUUUCCCAGGAGCUCCUUGCAGCAGCUGUUGCAAAAUACAAACGCUCAUUUCAGCGCUGGAGCUUUGGGUUGGAUACCAAAAGUCCUCCACUUCCUCCUCCGCCUCCUCAGUCCAGCCCAGUCAGCUUCCCAGUGAGCGGGGUGUGUCAGGUUGUUUUGCCCCAGCUACUGCAGACAGGAGACUUUGCCAGGCAUGUGGAUGCUAAUGAGUUGCUGAUCAUUUCUGACGAUUCUGACAGUCCCAUACAGUGACCGCUCCCAAUGCAGAUUUAAACACCAUGGGAACAGUGUUCUUGGAGAUGGACUGAACACAUGGCAAGAUUGUCACAAUCACAGAGUACUUACAAUAUCAAAAGUUUGUCAGCUAAUAUUAGUUUUAAAACUUUUUUUGGAUUAGUGUGUCAUGUGACACAGGAAGAAACUCACAAGAGUAAUUCUUGUGGUUUUCACCUGUGAAAGGAUGAGUUGCACUUUUACCAAUGAGUAGACAGAUGAAGUGACAUCUCACCUCUUGUCUCAGUCUGACAAAACUUUGAGACACUUUACAGCUACUCAGUAAAUCACUUAUUCUAACAACCCUGUAACUCUGACUUGUAUUUAAAAGGUUUUGUUUGAAAUGUAAAUG